CACAGACCUCGGCAGUCAGUUACACUGUGCAAUGUAUUGCGAACUGGAGAAUAAUUUCUGUUUGUUGGUUUCACCUUGCUAUACUGUAUUCAGCAGUACUGCACAAAUGGCCUUUAUUUUGUAUCUCCUCCUUACGGCAACAUUUGCGCUGUUUACCGGUAAAGCACGGAGCGAACCAUGCAGUGCCGAUCUGACAGACAAAUGCCGCGAAUUGAUAUCGGCGCACUACAGCACGGUGGAAGCCUUGGGGUGGCCAAUAACGGAUGAGAUUGUCAAUGCUUCUCACCAAUUGGCUCACGACUACUGCCGUGCCGCCAAUGCCUCCGCCCACUGCCUUUUCAAUCUGCCCAUCCGGUGCGCGCACGAUCCCGAACUGCUCCAACGCUUCACACAAGACGGAUUAUGGUACACUGCGGAGAUGGCCAAUGUCGUAGCGAAGACCUGCCAACUGCCCAUUAGUACCUUGCGCUUCGUGCGCGCCCUCGAGCACUGUUCGCGACAACGUUCCGAUUUGUUGGUGGAGCUUUUAGGCUUGGAUAGAGAUUUGUCAGCAGCUGCCUGGCACAACGCCACCAGCGCCCGGCACAAUGUCUGCCAAUAUCUAUACCGGUUUACCGCCGCAAUGGAUGGUGCGGCUAAGGCGGAGAUGACGGAAAAAUGCGGACGGAUAGCGGUGGAGGUGCUGCGCGACGGUCAUCAGCAGUUGCACGAAGCCCACUGCUCGCCUUAGUAUAGCUUCUCCUGGGUUAAGUUAAGGCUUGUGAUUUGUUUUGCUUAUUCGACUCUCCUCUAAGUCAGUCCGCGCAAUAAAUUUGUAAUUUCUGGGCGUGCUUUGGACACUAUGUUCGGCGUGUUUAAGUUGGAGCCCCUGUUGUUAAUUUUGCUUGGUUUCUGCUUAAUUAACUGACCAAAAAGAUUGCAUGCGUGAUGGAUUCUGCUUG